CAUCGUUCUAUUCGAUAAGGUGCUGUCGAGAUCUUGUUGAAACUCCACACUUAUCUAACUUUUGCGCCGAUAUAAAGGCCAUGCUAUGUAUAACUAUUUUCUUUCUAUCCGAGUUAACAUCUCCCCGAGAAUGUUCCCUAUAAGAAAUUAUUUGUCGCUGAUUAUAUCAGCUUUAUUUAUAACAGCGCAUGGAAACACUAAUUCUGUGUAUAUGCCGGAAGAAUGGGAUGAACAACUGAGCGAAUUGCUUCGAGAAAUUCUGGAAAAUCUCAGAAACGAAAUGCCUUAUGGUAUAUCAUCGAUAGACGUUCCCGUACUGGAUCCAUUAGUAAUUCCCAAAAUUUCGGUCGAUGUCAAUGAUCACAUCGCUAAUCUGACUUUACGUAUAAUUCCAUUAAAUAUCGUUGGAUUAUCGAAAUUUAAUAUAGAAACUCUCAGGGCAGACUUAGAAGAGGGUCACGCUAGUUUUGAUUUAUCUCUUCCAGAAAUCAAAGCAUCAGGUAAAUGUCAUAUACAAGGUAAAUUUAUUAAAAUAUUUCCGAUUUUCGGAGAUGGUGACUAUAGCAUCGAGGUGAAUAAUUUGAAAAUAUCCGGAUACGCUCAUCUGGAAUUUAAUUCUACAGCCAAUACUAAUUUACGUCUGGAUAGAUUACAGUUAGAUAUAUUUUUCGAUGGAAUUCGAGUCAAAUUUGACAACUUGAUGGGAGGAGGACGUUGGACCAAAUCUCUUAUGAAAGUUCUAAAUGGCAUCAGUAGGAAUUUAUUCCUUCGUUUCAAACCAGAGAUUUUGAAAGAAUUAAACGGUGCUAUUUUAAAAUUAACUAAUCACGAAUUAGGAAAAGGAACGUUAAAAGAAUUAAUUGAAAACAUACCUUUACCUAAUCUUUUAUUUCUAUAAUUUGAAAUAUUUCUUGAAACUUUUAUGAAAAAUACUAAAAACAAAACUUUAAUAGAGAAUUAAAAUUACACGAAACUUCACUUGUUAAGUGUGAUUAUUCUUUAAUUUUCUUGUAUUUUUUAUUACUCUUUUUACCGUUACUUCUUUUAGAUUACAUUUCAUAUUAGGGUCAACAAGCAUUGUCUAUUAAAAAAACUCGUAAAGAUGAUUCUUUAAUUACUACACCAAGAAUUUUUUCGCGUUGUUAAAGGUGAAAAGCUAUAAAUGCGCUAAGAUUUUGAAUUGUCGAUCAUCAUGAACAAUCUCCGGUAGCUAGAGUCGUUAAAUUUGGUAUCCUCUGAGUAAUUACACCAUCUGGUUGAUGUCGCUUACCAUUAACGUUCUAAUUAAACUAAGACGUUGAAUAAACACCAAAACAGGAGGCUAAAAAUGAAGA